UUAUAUAACCUACAAUACCUAAUUUUUUCAGACAUCUCCAUCGCACAAGAGGCCGCUUUGUUCGAUAUGGAGUUCGAAGCCUGAAGAUCGAUCUGUGAACUCAGCUUAUUUUACCAAAUUAUACUCUUCCGAAAAAAUGGAAUCCUCUGGACUUGUGGCUGACAAAUUUUGCUGGAAAAUGAGCCACAUGGACACUUCCUCUGAUGAAUUGAGUCUUCCUCAUACUUUCUGUGCGAAAUAUGCUCACCGACUACAUGAGGAUAUGCACUUGAAAUUGCGGAAUGGUUACAUUAUUCCGGUUAAGUUUGAUAAGAGUAAAGGUAUUUUGAAGGGCCUAAUGUGGUUUUUUAAGCAGUUCGAGCUCAAAGGGGGUGAAAUUCUGUUGUUUGAAUACUUUGGAAGAUAUAAUAUUAAUGUUUAUAUAUUGGGUACUAAUUGUUCUGAGAUCCGCUACCCUGAUAUUGUUCAUUAUUUGCAACAAAGUUCCUCUCGAAUAGUCACUCUGGGUGAUGGAGGUUGGAGAUUUGUUUGGUUCAAUUUAGAGCGAACAACUACUUUUGAUGAAAUUGCACCUCCAGAUGCAUUCUUGAUAUGCUGUGCAUUUUCUUUUUCUGAACCAAUGACAUAUGUUAUCAGCAAUGGCAAGAAGUUUUCCUGUUCAUAUUGUCACACAUCUCGCAAAUUCAAAGGAUUGGGAUUCCUAUCUGAUAGUUUAGGACUAACUGCUAUGCCUGCAUUGCAUAUGUUGUUGUUUACUUAUGAAGUUGACUCAGUCGUGUCGAUUACGGCUUUUGAUGAACAAUUGUGUGAGAUAGUGUUUCCUGGACAUCCACUAUCAUCAGAAGGUGAUUCACAUGAUUCUUCAGUAUUGAAACCAGUUAGUUUGCACUUCAAAAUCACUGUUGAAAAGCGACAUAUGUCCACGGACUGUGAUCUUAUUGAAAUCUCAAAUGAAUUUAGAAAUCUUUGUAGAAUGUGGGACAAAUUCCAAACAAUUUUUGUUUAUUCGGGAAAUGGAUGUUGGAUGCUUCAUAUCUGUCGGAGGAAUAACUACUACUGCUCAACGAUAGAAGGUGGAUGGCAGCAUUUGCGAGAGGAUUUGGGCUUGAAUGCAGGGGACCAACUUGUUUUUGAAUGUCCGGUAAUGUCGGUUGACCGUUUCAGUGUGCUAGUUUAAAAGGCGGAGGGCUGACUUAGAGCUGACGUUUGGUGGAAAAUGCAUUUUCGCAAGCACUUGAUUCUAAUUUCUGUAAUUUGACUAUUAAAAAACUCCAGUCAGAAGUUUGGAUGUUGCGUUAUUUUCGAUUUGUUUCACAUUUUAUUUCCUAUGACAUUUCUAAUGCUGCUGUUUGGGCUUGUUAGAUUUUGAACUUGCACU